CUAUCACGUGAUGCCUGUCCCGGAAGUGCAGGAGUACCAACAUGGCGGACAAUGACUACGAGUCGGUCAUCUGCGUCAAGCCGGAAGUGCACGUCUACCGUAUUCCGCCUCGAGCCUCCAACCGCGGGUACCGGGCCGCCGAAUGGCAGCUGGAUCAACCGUCAUGGAGCGGCCGCCUGAGGAUCACAGCCCUCGGCAAGAAAGCCUUCAUCAAACUGGAGGACAAAACCUCAGGGGAACUUUUUGCUCAGGCGCCCGUGGAUCAGUUUCCAGGCAUCGCAGUUGAAAGUGUCACAGAUUCCAGUCGAUAUUUUGUCAUUUGCAUUGAAGAUGGGAAUGGACGCCGUGCGUUUAUAGGAGUAGGGUUUGCUGAUCGAGGUGAUGCUUUUGACUUCAAUGUUGCGUUGCAGGAUCAUUUCAAGUGGGUGAAACAGCAGACCGAAUUUGCAAAACAAGCCCAGAAUCCUGAUCCCGGGCCCAAACUGGAUCUUGGCUUCAAGGAAGGUCAGACCAUCAAGAUCAACAUUGCGAACAUUAAAAAGAAAGAUGGCACUAAACCUCGCCCUCCGAGUAGUAGUGGACCAAGCCUACUCCCACCACCGCCUGGAGGUAAAAUCCAAGCUUUCGGAUCCAUUCCAGCACAACAUAGCGAUCCCCAGCCGGCAUCAAACACAGAAUCAGGGCAAUCACUGGACCUCGGGGCCACCUCGUUCUGGACAGAGCCUGCAGGUUCUUCAGACUCGUGGGGAGACUUUACGAAAGCUGCUGGUGCUCCUGCCGGACAGCAAAGCACAGGAUGGGUGCAGUUCUGAUUCAGUCAGAGAACUGAAAGGGUCUCUCAUCUUCCCAGAAAAAUGAAUUAAAAAAGUCACAUCAGCUGUGGACGGCAUCCCUUGGACUCAUUUUAAAACGCUAGUACUUCAGGUCUCAUUUAAUCUUCAUCCAUUACUGGAAGAAGCAUCAGAUCAGGUCUCAGAUCUCUCCUGUAUCUUGCAGAUCCAGGGUUAGAGGCGACCCUAACGUUGACGAUUUUCAGAUCUCUCUGCACUGGUUAAACCCUGAAGGUUUUCAGAGCGGGGACUGGUGCUCUGUGGAACUGCUACAGGAUAAGAGAAUCAGGCGAAAGUUCACUUCCUUGUAUCCAAGUGAAUCCAAUUUCCUGGAGUUGUGUUGGCAGUUUGAUACUGAAAACACAAGUUAUAUUCUAGGUGGUGCACUCUAAUUCCAGGAAGAAUCAUGGAGGAGACAUACCACCAGCUCUUUAUUUGCUGCUUUUAUCAGCUCUCUUAUACCAUCUAUACCAGUUUCUAUCCUUUUAUCAAGCAGAAAUCAAGAGUGCAAUAUAUUGAUCAUUUCUAGAUGUGAGUAACACAGGGACCAAAACAUGGAAAGCUGAGAGGGGCGUUUAAGAAUGUCAUAUUUUAUUCUUUAUUCUUCACUCCUACCUUGAUACCUUGCCUUAUCCCCUAGUGAGUUCAGGAGUUUCGUAUUUGGUUAUUUAUAAGCUGCUGCGGGAGUUAAAGGUCUUAUUCAGCCCACAAAGGUGGAGGGUUUGUUAUGUGCAAGAUUUUGGGGGGAGGGGGGGUAUUUGUAAAUUUUUCAAAAGUUUUUUUUUGUUUUUUUUGUUUUGUUAAUUACUGAUAAGUUUUUGAUAUAUCCAUUUCAUUGCCCAACAGAAUUUAGUUUCAUUCUACGUCACACAGCAUUUUUUAGCGUUGAGAUUUUCAGAUCCAUCCAGCAAUCUAAGCAGAGUGUAGUUUAAAAUUUGUGUAAUGUGGUUUACUUACUUAGUAUUAAGUACGUCUGAGUAAUACGUGCCUCUAUCCAGCAGAGGGCUUUGCUUCAUACAGAGUAUACUCCUGCCUGCUAUAUCACCAGCAUAAUCCAAGUGAAACCAAAUUCAAAUCUCUGGAAUACCAAGGAUGAACUGAUAACAUUUUAAUGUACAAAUAGCAUUGGCUAUUUUUGGUUUUGUGUGUAAUUUUUUCCCUUACUUUAAGCAAUUUAUUUUUAACUCCUGGAAAGAGAUUUACAGGAAACUAGAACAUCAAUUUUGAAGGAUUUGUCACUUGGCACAUAUUUGGUCGUUGGAAUUCACUGGCAUUUUAUAGUAAAGUUCACAAUUUGAGUGUCUGUCCCGGCCCCCCACCCGCCCCUGUCAUUUGGUGGUAAUUACAUUCUUCUACUUAGAAGGACCAACUCCUGCAUCAGUCACUCAGAAGCUUCCAUUCUUAUAUCAUUCCCAUUGUUUUCAUAGUCAGAUAUAUUUUAAAUUGAAGAAUGAAAACCAGCAAAGAAUAUUUUUACUUUUACCAGCUAAGAAUUUUAUAUUUUCCAAUGUUUACUUUUCUCUUUUUUGUAAAGGAUCUAUUUAUAAAUAGCAUAAGUAUUUUACUAAUAACCUAUGCAUAUUCUUAAAUCUAUACUUUUGUCGAUUCACAAAUGUUUUUUUUCUUUUACCCACUGACAAAUUUUGUGAGAUGUUUAAAAAAAAAUUACAAAUAUAAAUAUAUAUAAAAAUAAACUAUUUCUCAAAUUUGAUAUAGGCAGAUUUAUGCUUUUUUGAAGGUGUAUGUUUAAAAAAAAAAAAAAAAAAAAAAAUGAAAUAAAGUUGUCUGGGAGAUUCUGAUUAUUAAGUAAAAUGUUGUUUUGGCUUUUAUUUAACUCAUUGUAGAUUUGCUUGGCAAUGUUUGAGUGUCUGUGCAUGGUACACAGUAAAUGUAUUACCACAGCAA